AUGGACGAACGAGAGGUCGUAUCCAAGGCCAAUGCCAUCAACAAGGCUCUACAAGCCCGCGAACCCACCGCCAACAUUGUCAACCUCUUGCGCGACCUACAAAAAGGCGUGACACCGUCUGAAGAGCUUUUACGCAAAACAGGCAUAGGCAAGAGCAUCAACCGCAUCAAGACUGCGCAGGGCGUAGACCCAUCUAUUCCCCGUCUAGCCAGCGAGAUAGUCUCACAAUGGCGCACACAGAUACAGCGCAAUAAGGGCGCAGGUAGCGGUGCAGCAACUCCCACAAGACCCAGCGAUGGACAAAACGGCAGCGCAUCGCCAGCACCCCCUCCCUCCUCAAAAUCCACUUCCGAACCUCAAAAGAAACCAGCAUCCACCAUACACGACACCUCGCAUCAACAACCCACAGGCGUGCCUCUAGAUAAACGCACCUGGAAACUUGACAAACUCGACCGCGCCAAAUUCAGCUCCGAAACCGCCCGCUCCAACAGCAUCGGCCUCCUCUACGACGGUCUCGUCCCAGGCUCCUCCCUCCCUGCUCCGCAAGUCCUCACAAUCGCUAAACAAAUCGAACUCUCCGUGCUCUCCCUCCCCGACGCCUCCGCAACCCACACCUCCCCCUUCUACAAAGAAAAGAUCCGCACCCUCUACCAAAACCUCAAGAACCCUCAAAACCCCGAACUGCGCUCCCGCAUUUUAGACGGAGAAGUCUCGCCGAGUAAAUUCGCGAGCAUGACGCAUGAGGAGAUGAAGAGCGAACGACAGAAAGCUGAGGAUGCGAAGAUUGUCAAGGAUAAUUUGAAUAAUGCGAUGGUGGCGCAGGAGCAGAAGAGCGUGAGUAAUCAUUUGGAGUGCGGGAGGUGUAAGCAGAAGAAGGUGUCUUUUACGCAGGCGCAGACGAGGUCGGCUGAUGAGCCGAUGACGACGUUUUGGUUAGUAUUUCUCCUUCUUCUUGUAUCCUUUUCUUUGGAGUUUCUGCUGGUGGAUGAGCUAACGGUUCAAACAGCGAAUGCGUUGUUUGCGGAAAUAGAUGGAAGUUCUCGUGAGAGGUCGUUCUUUGCUGGGCGGCAGUCUGGUCUGGCUUUGGGACUAGGGACGAAAUCGAGCAUAGGAGUGUAG